AUGGUGACGCUCAUGAGCCACCACCAGUCAAGGCGGGAGCGGCGGCAGGGCGACACCGACGCCGACGACGGCGCCUCCGCCUCCGCGACCAGCUGGUUCCCCGCGGGCGCGGCACUGGGGGUUGCAGGCUUGGCCACCGCUUCCACGGCCAUCACCUGCAUGGCCAUUUCCCAGUCGUCGUCGUCCGCGCCGCCGGCGGUGCUCCACCAGCAAGGGAACGACGACGACGACUACUCCAGCUGCUGCUACCUCCUCGCGCUCUCAGGGCUCUUCUACACGGGGGUCGCCGAGCUCGGCGCCGCCGUCUGGGUGAUGGCCGAACCCCGCGGCCGCCUCGCUGCCGGGAGGAAGCUCGUGUACGCGUCCCUCGUCCCGCUGACGGCCGCCGUCGGCCUGCUUUGCUAG